CAAUGAGAAGCGGAUUAUCCGGUCUGGUGGUGUUGCUCGGAGAGACCGUGGAGGGUCGCAGACCGCAGGCCGUCGUGCCCGGUGAAUGUGGCGCCCUGUGGUCCUGAGCUGGAGACCACUGGCCCUGCUGCCUGAGGACAAGAAGGAGGCGGCGAGAUGGCGGACGGGGGGCCCUGGCAUCCUCUUGUCGGUGCAGUGAACGUGUCCCGGGCUGAGGCGAAGCGGCUGCUGUGCCCCGAUGGAAGCGGGUGGAUCUGGCAGCUGCUGGAGCAGUGUGUGGAGAAUGGAUGGGAGUAUUGGAGUGUCAUCAUCGGACUCUUGUCUAUUGGCUGCUUCCUCUUCGCCGCAUUACCCCAGCUCUAUGUUGCAUACAAGAAUGGAAAAGUUGACCAAGCGCUUUCCCUGGGCUUUCUGUUAUGUUGGUUGGGAGGGGACUUUACAAACUUUGUAGGCUGCUAUCUGACCAAACAACUGCCGAUACAGGUUGUCACUGCCAUUUUUUAUGUGAAUAUGGAUCUCAUUAUGAUUUCGCAGUUUGCAUACUACAAAUUAAAGAACAAAAGCAUGAAAGGUAGUGGAAGCCUAAAAGGAAUGUGCAUAGCUUGGGUCCUCAUAUGCAUCUUCUUGUCUAUAAUACUCCCAAGUCAGCUGCUUCUGAGGAACUUUGAAAAGGCUGCUGACCUAGAAGUAGAUCAGAAAUCACUUGGCAUUACAGAAAUGUCCGGUUUCAUUUGUGGAUAUGUUUCUUCAGUGUUUUAUUUGGGUUCCCGCUUUCCCCAACUCCAUAAAAAUUUCCAGAGGAAAUCUACAGAGGGAACUUCUUAUAUGUUAUUUGCAUUGGCAAUGCUUGGAAACUUCACAUAUGGGUUAAGUCUUGUUUUGAAGUUGCCUGCUAUUGGACACAAUAAGAACCAAUAUAUUCUACACCAUUUGCCCUGGCUGAUCGGCAGCUUUGGUGUUCUUGUCCUGGACUUUUUUAUGACGGCACAGUUCAUUGUAUAUCGAAAGCACAAGACAAUGCAAUCCAACCUACUGGCCCUGGAAGUAGAGCCUUUGCUUGUAGAUGAAGAGGAAACCUGAUGUCUCUCACAUACUUAUUAGAUUUUCAUCUAUUGUUUUACACUUUUU